AAGUCGAACAAAUGCUCGCUAUUCUUCUUACUGGAAUACUGCUCCUGCUGGUGGUGAAGCCCGGCGGGGGCUUCAUCAUUACCGUGGAUGCCCAUGAUACGGACUGCUUCUACGAUAAGGCCAGCGUCAACGACAAGGUGACCAUCACCUUCGAGGUGAUGGAGGGCGGCUUCAAGGACAUUGCCGUCACGAUCACAGGGCCCAACUACGACAGCCUGCACAAGUCGGAGAAGGAGACCUCCGGCAGCUUCACCUUCUCGGCCAUGCGGGAGGGCCAGUACGAGCUCUGCUUCGACAACCAGUUCUCCACGAUGACCCCCAAGGUGGUGAUGUUCAAGUUCCAUGUGGCCCGGGCUCUCGAGUACUACGUGGACCCCAGCAAGCGCAAGGACGACGUCAUCGAGCAGGCCAAGGCCCAGGCCAUGAUCAACGAGCUGUCGGCGAAGCUGGGCGCCGUGAAGAUGGAGCAGGAGUACAUGCACUUCCGCUACCGUGGCCACCUGGACAUCAGCGACAGCGUCCAGUUCCGGAUCCUGGCCUGGUCUAUAUUCGGGCCCACCCUCCUGUUGAUAAUGACUGUCCUGGAGAUCAUCUACAUGAAGCGCUUCUUCGAGGUCAAGCGGGUGGUCUAAGCCCACUGAGACUCUUCUAAUCCUAUCGAACCAAUUGACACUCGAGAGUCCCCAGACUGCGGCCUGUGGCUUUCCUUCUCCUCGAUUUGUUGCAUAUUUCACGCUCCACAAACCAUAAAACUUUCAUGGACCGGGGAGCCGGCCCAAGUGCCCGUAAAGUUCACCUCACCUUCCCCACAAAGUGUGGCCCGGCCCCUCAUUGGAUUAGCACUGGAAAUUUAUGAUGCCUGCCUGCCAUGCCGCUCACACAUGGCCGUUCCAGAGUACCAGUCGUCGGGUCGGAAACUUAUCAUAUUCAUUCACAAGUUUCUGCCACGGCCAGCCCUCCUCCUCCUUCCCCGAAGUCCUGGUCCUUGGCAAAACAAGGGCAAAGUUUUUGCCUCUUAUUUACGACAAUGUCGCGUCAAGUUUUUUUCCCGCCACGGUUUUUGUUUCAUCUGCCAUCGGGCGUCCGUAUUGCCUUAUAAAGUAGCAAGUUUUGCUAA